CCACUGUCUGCUGCAGAAUGUGGCUCAUCUGCCAUCGAUUCCUUGCUUGCCCGUCAUGUUGGUUAAGCCAGUGUAACCGAGCCCUGAGCCCAGCUACAUGGCAGAAGAGGCAAGUUCCAAGAGGCAGCCGAUCUAUUUAUAGUGAAACUGGAAAAUGGGAAACAAAGUAUGGACUGGAAACCAGGAAGAAAGUAGAAAGUUGGUGGCAUAUCAGAAUAAAGGAACAGUUCAACACGAUUUCAGGGGAAAAUAAGCCAAGACCAAAGUUUUAUGUCCUUUCGAUGUUUCCGUAUCCCUCUGGGAGACUUCACAUGGGCCAUGUUCGAGUCUACACUAUCAGUGACACCAUCGCGUGGUUUCACAGAAUGAGAGGAUUGCAGGUCAUCAAUCCAAUGGGAUGGGAUGCAUUUGGAUUACCUGCAGAGAAUGCGGCAAUCGAGCAUGGCUUGCAUCCAGCAAACUGGACACAAAGUAAUAUUCAACACAUGAAAAAGCAACUUGAUGCACUAAACCUGUCUUUUAACUGGGAUCGGGAAAUAACCACUUGUUUGCCAGAUUACUAUAAGUGGACACAGUAUCUUUUUAUCAAACUUUAUGAAGUGGGAUUAGUAUACCAAAAUGAAGCCAUGGUUAAUUGGGACCCCGUGGACCAGACUGUCCUCGCUAAUGAACAGGUGGAUGAAAAUGGCUGUUCGUGGCGCUCAGGAGCAAAAGUGGAAAAGAAAUAUCUCAAACAGUGGUUUAUUAGAACAUCCGCCUAUGCAAAGGCCAUGCUUGAUGCUUUGCCUGGGCUCCCCAAGUGGUAUGGGAUAAAAGAAAUGCAAGCCAACUGGCUGGGGGACUGUUCUGGAUGCUAUUUUGAGUUCAUGUUAAAGGUUAUUAACAAGCCAGCAGGAGUAACAAUAUCAGCCUAUAUAUCUACACCUGAAGCCAUAUAUGGAGCUUCUCACUUGUAUAUCUUACCUAGCCAUUGGCUGCUGCAUGGAAACAGCUGUCUAAAGGAAAUCCUCCAGAAGGACUUUGUCCCAGGCAAAGACUCUCUUACUUCAGUGACAGCUGUAAAUUUGCUCACAAAUCAGGAGGUUCCUGUAGUCGUAUCAGCAGAAUCAGAGUUUGAAGGCUAUCUUGAUGCUAAAAUUGGAGUCCCUUGUGUUAGACCAGAUGAUGCUGAAGUUGCUCGGAGUUUGGGUCUGACUUCUGAAAAUGUCAUAGAAGCUUUGCCAGAUGGCUCAGAGAGACUGGCCAGCUCAGGCAAGUUCACAGGUAUGAGUAGACAAGAAGCAAUAAAUGCCAUUACCCAGGAAGCCAGAAAUAAAGGAGUAGGAGGACAUCUAACGAGCAGUAAAUUAAAAGAUUGGCUGGUAUCACGACAGCGAUAUUGGGGGACACCAAUUCCCAUAAUUCACUGCCAGGACUGCGGUCCUGUCCCAGUGCCUUAUGAGGAUCUACCUGUCACGUUGCCCAACAUAACAUCCUUUACUGGAAAAGGUGGCUCACCUUUAACUUCUGCGGCUUCCUGGAUAAACUGCUUAUGUCCAAGGUGUAAGGGGCCUGCAAAAAGGGAAACCGACACCAUGGACACAUUUGUCGAUUCCGCUUGGUAUUAUUUAAGAUACACAGAUCCUCAUAACUCUGACAGGCCUUUUCAUAAAGAACUGGCAGACUACUGGAUGCCUGUGGAUCUCUACAUCGGAGGAAAGGAGCAUGCCGUUAUGCAUUUGUACUAUGCCCGAUUCUUCAGUCAUUUCUGCCAUGAUCAAAAGCUGACAAAGCACAAAGAGCCUUUUAAUGAGCUGUUAGUUCAAGGGCUUAUCAAGAAUCGGACAUUCAGGCUAGCAACAACGGGCCAGUAUUUGAAGAAAGAAGAAAUUGAUCUUACUGGUCCUGAACCCAUUCAUGUAAAAACCAAAGAGAAACUGCAGGUGACUUGGGAGAAGAUGAGCAAAUCCAAACAUAAUGGCAUAGAGCCCGAGGAAGUAGUCCAGAAGUAUGGAAUUGAUACUGUCCGGCUCUACCUCCUCUUUGCAGCCCCUCCAGAGCAAGACAUCUUAUGGGAUGCAAAGACUGAUGCAAUCCCUGGGGUUCAGAGAUGGCAAUCUCGCCUCUGGCACUUAGCAACCAAACUUAUUGAAGCCAGGGAUUCUGGAACGCUGCCCAGUCCUCAGCUCCUGAAUCAAAAAGAGCAAGCUGAAGCCAAACGUAUCUGGAAGCAGAAGAACUUUGUGGUCUCCGAGGUAACAGAAUAUUUCCUGAAGGAUUUCUUGUUCAAUGUUGCAAUUUCUCGGCUGAUGAGUCUCAGUAAUAUUUUGUCGCAAGUCUCCCCGCGGCUUAUUCUCCACAGUGUGGAAUUUGAAGAUGCCUUGGCAACUCUCUGUAUUAUGCUUGCCCCAGUGGCCCCUCACAUAACUUCUGAGAUGUGGAAAGGCUUGUCUCACAUUCAGAAUAAGCUUUGCACUCAUCACCACUGGGAUAUGGAUGUGCUGCAGCAGCCCUGGCCCACAGUGGACCCAGAAUACUUUCAGCAGCCAGAUGUAGUGGAAGUGCUGGUUCUGAUCAAUAACAAACCCUAUGGUAAAGUUUGUGUACCUCAGGAAGUAGCCCGAGAUGCAGAAGUAGUUCGUGAACUGGUUGUUCAGAGUAAGCUGGGGUCUGAACACCUCCAAGGACGGACUAUUACCAAAUUCUUCUUGUCUCCUCGAACUGCCCUCAUCAACUUUCUAGUCCAGGAAUAACAGAUGCAAAGGAGACUGAUUAAAAAUAGGAAGGAUAUUUUUUUUUCCAAAACUAAUUUCAAACUUGAUGGAGAGGAGUAUUCCAUCAUUCUCCAUGUAAAGGAAGAACCAUGACAGUACUUGAGGCACCCCUUCUAAUCAGGAAAGAAAGCUACUUCGCAGCAUUCUGCACCUUGAGUAAAGAUGCUACAGGGAACAGAAAAGUGGAAUAAAUGGGCAGAGGGAAAUUAUACAAGCUCUCAAAAGUAUGAAAUCCACAAGCAAUUCUACAAAUAUCUCUUUGGCUCCAUUUUUUGAAAUGGUAUAAGACAACAGGCUUUAUUUUUAUUGAUGCUUGACCAGUUGUAUGUCAGUGUUGCGAUGAUCCUUUGUUGAAUAAUAACCUAUAAUUAAACAAUAAAUCACUAGCAAUCAUGGUGCCCCCCCCCAAGCAAAAAUCGUUUUGCAACGCUAAAGCAUUUUUUUCAAAGUAAUUCUUUGAAAGCACUGUCAGUGGACUGUUCCAGAAGCAGUAUCCACUGUUAAAACCCACUAUUUCUUCCCAGUUCUAUUCAUGCUUGUUGAGUAGCCAGCCUAAAUUCCCAAUAAAAUAUUUUUUUCCUACCAUCUUGCUUAUUCAGUGCUUGCAGCAUUUUCCCAAGUUCCCACAGAUCUCUCCAUCCUGAAUGAGCUAAUGAAAAUUGCUUCUGAGCAGGGAAAAAAGAACCUGAUUUAAAUUAUUAGCUCCCUGUUUCAAAGUGCGGAUAAUAGAUCAAGUCCAAGCACUGCGGUGCUGGCAAGAGAAACCUAUUCAUGCCAGUUUUGAUCUUUUGUUCUGUUGUAACUCUCACACAGCUCUAGAUGUUCGGCUAGAAUGAAAGCUGUUAUCUUGUCAGAGAACUUUAUAAUGUGGAAAUAAAAAAUGAGGUGUGUUUUCAA